AUGAGUGAUAAUGAGCCAAAGAAUAUACUUCUUCAAGAUUUAAAAGAUUACGCUAAUAGUAAUAUGAAAUUUCCUGAUUUAUUAAAAAAAUACGUAAAUGAAAACGCUUCAAAUGAAAAAGAUGCUGAAAAAUUUUUAAAGGAAUUUGAUGAUUCUUAUUUAAAACAGAUGAAUCUAGAUGAAUUAGAAUUAUUAUGUUCAUUAAUUCUAAAAAAGAAAAACAUAACAGUUAAAUAA